AUGUUAAAUUCAAAUUAUAAAUUACCAACUAGAAAAACGGUUUCGCAGUCGCUAAUUCCCAACUUGUAUCAAGAAAUAGUUGAUAUAGUGCAAGGAAGGUUAAAGAGGGCGACUGCAAUUUGUCUAACAGUAGACGGUUGGUCAUCCAGGAAUCAAGAUAGUUUUUAUAGCGUUACCGCACAUUACGUCGUUAAAGAGGAGAAACGCACAUAUUUAGCAUCAGAUUUGUUGGGAUGCGUGUCAUUUGCGGAUAAGCACACCGGAGAGAAUAUCGCUAAUAAAUUAAAAAUUAUAUUGAAUGAAUGGGAGAUAAGUGAGAAGAUUACUGCAAUCAUUUCAGAUAAUGCAUCAAAUAUGAAAUUGGCAAUACGAAUUGGGGGUUGGAAGCAUUGGGGUUGUUACGCGCAUUCUUUAAAUCUUGUCGUGCAAUCUGGCUUAAAAGAAGUACGCGUAAUAGUGGAUAAAUUAACAAAAAUUGUAAGAUAUUUCAAGAAAAGCACUCAUGCGUAUAGCCAACUAAGGGAAACGCAAGAAAGAAUGGAGCUUCCAGCUUUAAAAUUAAAAAAUGAUGUACCGACUCGUUGGAAUUCAACAUAUCGAGGGCUUCAAGUCAGAGGGGUGUAUCAACCAUUUUGUGCAAAUUUGAGUAACUGGACAUAUAAACGGGUUAUUAUCAUUCUCACGUCAGGACAGUGA